AACUGGCACUAUUUAUCCUCACACAUACCUAUUUCAGUUUCAACAAUGAGGUUUACCUACAAACCAUGGGCAGUGCUAUGGGCACUAAGAUGGCACCCCAAUAUGCUAAUCUUCUUAUGGAAGAUCUAGAACAGAGAUUCCUAAAAAUACAGCACACCAAACAAUACAAAUAUUAUCGCUAUAUCGAUGAUAUCUUCAUAAUUUGGACUGAAGAAAAACUGAUACAGUUCCAUGACUCUUUUUUUUUUUCAAUUUGACAAUUUUUAUUUUCACCGAUAGUAAAACUUUAUGGGGGGUACAGAAGAGAAAGGGGGUACGGGGAUACAAUGUCUUGGUACAGUGGAAUUAGAAGCGGUGAUAGAGCACAGUUGACUUUAUACAGUGGUAUUUGGUUACAAUUCCAUUUGUUAUGGUUAACAAUUCUGUGACAUCUUUGGUACAUAAUGCUAUAGGUAAGAUGUACUACCGUCUCCCCUCCUUGUUCCCUCCUUUACGGUUGUAUAAAAGUCAUCUAACAACUGUAGAUUUGUAACAUAUCUACGAGAACCUUCUUUAUAAGAGGGGGGGGGUGGGGGGGGUAAGGGGGGGAUGAGGAUUAGGGGAAAAGGGUUACUCUCUUCUGUGUGUUAUCUGUGCUGAUAUCAGGAGCGCGUUGAAUAAGGCUAUAGAGUCCCUUAUAACUGAGUCGGCUCUGGUUGUUUUCUACUCUUAGGUUCAGUACCACGGUACCUUAUAGAGGGCUUUCCUUCAAGGUUGCCUGUUUUCUCUUUCUCUAGUUCCCUCUCUAAACUGUUCCCACCCAAGCCAUGUGAGCGAUUUUUGUUUUCCCUGUCCCUCAGAUGCUGCGUAUGACAGUUCAUAUGUCUUGUUUCUCUCCACUGUUGCGAGUACUUCUGCGAUCGAGGGGGGUCUUGUCUGUUUCCAGUGUCUCGCAAUAAGAUAUAGGGUGGCUAAGAGGAUGUGGGUUAUAACCACCUUGCUGUCCCAUGCUAUUUGGGAGGGUAUGUGUAGCAGCAGUAGAUUUAUAGGUUUUUUAGGGAUAAUUGCCUUUGCGACGUUUCCCACUAUGUCGUGUAUCCCAGACCACAAUGGCCGAAGGAGCGGGCACGUCCACCAUAUGUGGAUCAUCGUACCCCUUUGUUUCUCACAUCUCCAACAUGUAGGAGAGCUGCCCGGGAAAAUGUGCGCCAGUCUGGCAGGGACCAUGUACCACCUUAGUAAAAUUUUUCUAUGUAAUUCUAUAUGUGCAGCGCAGUUUGUGACUCCUUUCAGUGCCCCCAGGAUCUCAGUCCAAUGUACGUCUGAGAUGGGCUCCCCACAAUCUUUAGACCAUUCUAUCGCAUAUUUACAGUUGCCGAAGG